CUUUAAAACCUAUAAAGAGGGGUAGAGGGCGUCCAUUGUUUGCAGCGCACAGUCACUGCUGUGGAGAAACAUACUGUUGAACAGUAUGGCGUCGAUCAGCCGUGGAGACUCUCUUCCAAAGGUGCAAUGCCCCAAUCACCCCGAUGCACUCCUGGUGGAGGACUACAGGGCAGGAGACAUGAUCUGUCCUGAGUGUGGCCUUGUAGUAGGUGACCGUGUAAUUGAUGUAGGGUCAGAGUGGAGAACAUUCACCAAUGAUAAAGCAACGAAAGACCCUUCUCGUGUUGGUGAUGCUCAGAACCCUCUCCUCAAUGGAGGAGACCUCACCACAAUGAUCAGCAAAGGAACAGGUGCAGCAAGCUUUGAUGAGUUUGGAAAUUCCAAGUACCAGAAUCGUAGAACCAUGAGCAGCUCCGAUCGAGCCAUGCUCAAUGCCUACAAAGAGAUCGCCACUAUGGCUGACAGGAUCAACCUCCCCAGAAACAUCAUUGACCGAACAAACAACUUGUUUAAACAAGUUUAUGAACAGAAGAGUCUGAAAGGCAGAAGUAAUGAUGCAAUAGCUUCAGCCUGCCUCUACAUAGCAUGUAGACAGGAGGGGGUCCCAAGGACAUUUAAAGAAAUCUGUGCUGUCUCUUGCAUCUCAAAGAAGGAGAUUGGUCGUUGCUUCAAGCUCAUCCUGAAGGCUCUAAAGACAAGCGUGGACCUCAUCACAACUGGAGAUUUCAUGUCGCGUUUCUGCUCCAACUUGGGCUUGCCCAAACAAGUGCAGAUGGCGGCCACCUACAUCGCCAGGAAGGCCGUGGAACUGGACUUGGUUCCAGGCCGCAGUCCUGUCUCAGUGACAGCUGCAGCUAUUUACAUGGCCUCUCAAGCAUCUGCUGAGAAAAAGACACAGAAGGAAAUUGGGGACAGUGCCGGAGUGGCAGACGUCACCAUCCGUCAGUCAUAUCGCCUAAUCUACCCCCGUGCUGCAGAUCUCUUUCCUCCUGACUUCAAAUUCGACACACCAGUGGAUAAACUGCCUCAACUGUGAACACCCGUGUGCCCCACACUCAUUGCUCUUAGUACUUUUAGAAUGGUCAGCCUUUUCUCUUCCCCUGUGAAGACACAAUCCUUCUGAAAAGACAAUGGCAGGGAUUUGACUAAGCACAGAAGACACAUUCCAAGGUUUAACACAUAGCGGGCUGUACUUUCAUCUGUGUAUAUAUAAAUUGUACAUACGUCCAAGUGAGAAUUUGAUUGGUGGUUUCAACUAGGCAUAUUUUUUACUGUAAACAUUUUCUUUUGUAGGAAAUGAGUGUUAUUUUGUUAGCUUGUUUGCAUUAUAUUUAGUAAUUUAAAUAAAUGCUUUUUAUAUAUAAAAGCAUUUUUAACAUCUUGGAAAUCUCCAAAACAGGUUUACCAAUUUCUUAAGCUUUGAGUGAGCAUAAAGCAUAUAGCUCAUGAAUGGUUAUAUUAUUUCCCCCCUUUUUUUUUCAUUUUCAUGAGGGGUGUGGUAUGAAGUAGAACUCUGUUUGUGUGUUUCUGUUCCUGUUCUCACAGCACAGUAAACAGCAGAGAAUCCUUUUAGAAGUAACAAUAAUUCAUUUACAUCAGCUCUACAAACUGUGUAAAAAGAGACAAACUUACAAUGUUUGUUAAUUACAUAAACAUUUAAUUUUAUUUCAUUCAUAAUGGCCAAUUUUUUGGCAAACAUUAUUGAAAUAAUUAUUAAAAAUUAUGCUUAUUUA